AUGUCUCUGGCGGGAAGAGGGGCCAGCAAUGGGGUUCUGCGUCAAACGCUCCGUCAUCGAUACUCCAGCCACUUGCUCCCGCACACCCGCGUUUCCGUGCGCUGCUCGCAAAGACUUGCUCGUAGAGCCCUCACUACAAAAGCGACCGAAUACCUCCCUUCCUCUAAUCCCGACUGGACAGAAUCUCAGAUUACCGUACGCGAAUCAAUCGCUAGAAUUUGCUCCGAUUUUCCCGACGAGUACUGGUUGAAGUCAGACCAAUCCAAAGCCUACCCAACCGAUUUUCAACAGGCACUGGCCAAAGAUGGUUGGCUCGGUAUCUGCCUGCCUACUGAGUAUGGUGGGGCAGCACUAGGGAUUUCGGAAGCUGCUGUGAUGAUGCAGACGGUCUCGGAAUCGGGAGCUGGCAUGAGCGGCGCGAGUUCAGUGCAUAUGAAUAUUUUUGGCUUAGAGCCGGUCGUAAAAUUUGGCAGUGAAGAGCAGAAGAAGAGGUUUCUACCCCCGCUGAUAGAGGGGAAGGAAAGGGCGUGCUUUGGAGUCACUGAGCCGAAUAGCGGACUAGAUACGCUGAAGCUGAAAUCCAUGGCCACCAGAGCCGGAGACCACUAUAUCUUGAAAGGUUCAAAGGUCUGGAUCUCCACCGCGCAGAAUGCGGAGAAGAUUCUUAUUCUUGUGAGAACGACGCCGGUGGAUAAGGUCAGCAAGCCGUCGCAUGGCCUGUCGCUGUUUUACACGGACUUGGAUAGAUCGCAGGUAGAAGUCACGGAAAUUCCAAAGAUGGGACGUGCAGCCGUGGACACUAAUACCUUGUUCUUUGAGGAUUGGCGUGUUCCUGCAGAGGAUUUACUUGGUGAAGAGGGCAAUGGCUUCAAAAUGAUCAUGCAUGGCAUGAACGCCGAGCGCAUUCUGAUCGCUGCAGAGGCGCUUGGUCUCGGAUUUGCGGCACUCCGGCGGGCGGCGAUAUAUGCAAAUGAAAGACAGGUGUUUGGCCGGCCCAUUGGGCAAAAUCAGGGCAUCCAACACCCCCUGGCCGAUUCUUGGAUGCAGCUCGAGGCUGCAAGGUUGAUGGUCUAUCAGGCUGCGAGGCUGUAUGAUGCUGGCCAUUCCACAGGUGAAUAUGCCAAUGCCGCGAAAUAUCUGGCUGCAGAAGCGGCGUUCAGAGCAUGUGAGCGGGCGGUUAUGUCUCAUGGCGGGAUGGGCUAUGCCAAAGAAUACCAUGUCGAGAGGUAUCUCAGGGAGUCCUUCAUCCCGCGCAUUGCGCCUGUUAGCCGGGAGAUGAUCCGGAACUACAUCGGAGAAAGGGUCCUAGGCUUGCCGAAAUCAUAUUGA